AUGCACAAAGCUCGUCAAGAAAGAGCUGCUCUUAUGGAGCAAGCUAAAAAGAAUCAAGAAAAAGCUAAAAAGCCACAGAAAACCACUUCAUCUUCAUUUAAUCCUACAAGUUCUCGAGGCGAGCCAAUCUAUUACUCAGCAACAAAAAUGGACGGAAUGGGACUUUGGUGUCAGCCAGUAGGGACAAAUCCUGCUCCCAAGCCUGACCCUCUACCUCAGCCUGAUCUCACCUCUGACAUUGACUCCAAAAUUCACAAAGAAAUGGUCGAAGUCCUCCAAAAAAAAUGUUCCUCAUUAGGCAUUAAACUUGAUCAAGAAAAAAUCGCAAAACAGCAAGCAGAAUUCAAUUUGAAUCAAAUCCAGUCAAAAUUAAACGAAAUUUCUGAAGAAAAAACAAGCCUAGAAAAUCAAAUAAAAGGCUUAGAAGACAGAAUUAAACAAUUAGAAACUGAAAUGGACGAGCAAUGUGUAUACCAAAAUUACGCACAAACACAAAUAGCAUCACUUCAAAAAGAAGCUGAAAAUGAAAGGGAAAGAGCUGAGAGCUAUAAUAAAUUAUAUGAGCAAGAAACUAAAUUAAAAGAAGAAGAAACAACUGAGUAUCAACAAGAGGUCGAAGCCUUAAGAGCACAGCUUGAAGGUCUAGUUGAAGAAAAUAGUCAAGUGAAAGAAUAUUUAGCCCAUUUGCAAGCAGAAAAUGAAAAAUUAUAUGAAGAAAGAGACAGCUUAGGUCAGAAAUUUGUUAAAGAAAUGACAUCAGGGCAAACUCAGGAAGAAAAAGCUAAAAUAAAAGCAACCAAAAUGAAUUUAUUGUCAGGAGAAAACAGGGCUCUACAAGUGAAAGUAAAGGAGCUGGAAGAAGCAAGAAAGAAAAAUCAAGAAAUUAUGAAGAAAAAAGAGGAGGAAAUUAAAGUGUUAAAAAGUGAAAAUGAUAGCCUAAAAAAUAGGAUAAAGACAGAGCAAGAAAUGAGGAAGCAUCAAAUUGAUUUGGUUGCACAAAGAGACUCUAAGUUAAAGAUACUUGAAGAAAGAUAUGCAAAGUUAGACCAGCAAUUCCAACAAUUAUUGAAAGAGCAUCAGGAUAAUAAACUAAAUGGACAAAAAGCUGCGCCAAAGCCAAAGCUUGUAUCUGUUCAAGCAAGGCCUGAACUUUUUGAAGAUUAA